AUGGACGACGACGAGGAAGAUGAAGAGAGCGGGACAGAAGAGGACGCGGAGGAAAACUUCCAUGUGGGCGAUAAGCGUGGCAGGGUCAAUGAUGAGGAUGAUGGGGAGGAUGAGAAAGAUGAUGGGCCUGUCAAGCGGCAUCGUGCGUCUGGUACCGCAGAGCGCUUCUCACAAAACAGAGAAGGCGAAGAGUACCAGAGCCAUGCAGAGGCCGAGCAGGAAUAUCGGUAUGGAAAUGCUGAGGGAUACGGACAAGAAGUACCAAGACAUGCGACAGAUCGCUACGAUGCAGCGGACGUCCAUAAGGACAAAAGUGUCGACAACAGCCAGGGGGAUAUUGCAUACCAAGUCGUUGACGACAACGAAGAUUGGGAGAGCCCAGCCGACCUGAGCGACGAGGAAUACGACGAAGAAGACGACGAAGAGGAGGUCGAUCCAUACAGCACGCAGAAGGACUUCGAGUCACAAGAGCGCGAUGGUCUCCCGUGCUUGCCUCGACUGUUCCACGCCUUGGAUCGACUGUCAAGUCGAGGGCCGUCCCCGCCGGAGAUUACGCGACCUCGACGGGUUCUUGUCCACCGCCAUGAAACCUUCCACUUCAACUCUGUGGCCGACAAUCCUUUCUGGUGCGACUCUCCAGAAGGGCGGGCCUGGUUGAACACUCAAUGGCCCACCUUCAGAUACGAGCACGGGUGGGCCUUGAUCGAUAAUUGCCAUGAGAUCGUCGACGAGUACGUCGAAUAUCAGACACAGCAACAAGCGAACCAAGAGAGCAGAGCAGAUGAGCAGCGGAAUCCCUAA